UGCAGGGAUCUUUAUUUGUGGGUGGAACCGAAAGCCAGCCCGGGGCGGGGCCUGCGGUGGGUCCCCGCAGUACUGGCUGUAGCAAUGCAUGUGGAUGCUGCGGGAAUCGCGCACUGACGUAGUUAGACCGAGAGUGGACCUGGGGAACGGCUGCGGGCUGCUGAACCUCCCGCAGUCCAGAAGCUCUGGAGAGGGCAGGGGCCUGUCCCAUGCUCUCAGUACCUUGCACCUACCCCGACUAAUUUGGAUCCACCUACCCACGAGCUCUGUCACCUCCACUCAUGGCGGCCCUGCUCACCCUGUUCCUGGUGGCCCUGGUGGGCCUGCCUCUGGCCCAGGCCCUGGAGUGCCACGUGUGCGCCUACAAUGGAGACAACUGCUUCAACCCUAUGCGCUGCCCGGCCAUGGUUAGAUACUGCAUGACCACGCGUACCUACUAUACUCCGUACAGAAUGAAGGUGAGCAAGUCAUGUGUGCCCAGCUGCUUCGAGACCGUGUAUGAUGGCUACUCCAAGCAUGCAUCCACCACUUCCUGCUGCCAGUAUGACCUCUGCAAUGGCGCUGGCCUUGCUGCCCCUGGGACCCUGGUCUUGGCCCCAAUUCUUCUGGCCACCAUCUGGGGUCUGAUCUAAGCCCUGCUCUCCCAGGCAGACACACUCAAGGAUAAGCCUUGGACAGUUGCACCCUCUCACACUGCAUACCCUCCCCUACUGUCAGCCGUCUGAGACCCCUCAACUGCACCAAGGCCUAUGGUUAUCUGUAGGAGGACUCCUACCCUCCAGCCACCCACAGGCCUUACUCCCAGACUGUGACCUAUCAUUGUCAGAGGGUUAGUUUGUGGGACUGGACCUCCCCAAGGGGCCUGGUCUUGGUGGGCAGACUGGGGUCUUCCUGUUUCGGCCUGUGAACUCUUCUUUAAUGGGAAACUUCUGUGCAGCAAGACCUUGCCACAAUCUACAAAGUAGGUGAUGAGUGUGCUGGAGGGAGAGAGGAGAUUAAGAACCUGCUGGGGGGUGGGCAGGAUCCAGCAGGGAUUUCUCUGCAUCCUCCUGCGGCCAGCAGCUGUCCGUAGCAGGUAUGGGAUGAGGUCGUGUGUGGAGGCCUUUAUCACCACAACUGCCCCAGGAAGAGGGGCAGACCUGGUGUCACAGCACCUCUUGGCUUAGGAGCAGAUGGCUGUGCUUUAACAGGCCCCUGAGGCCUCUGAGGCCCCAGAAGCCAUGUGGGAUGCAGGGAGGGUGCCAUCUUGUGCAGCCAGACCCCUUGACCUCUCCAUCCCCACCCCCAUCCUGGGUUCAAGCCAGGAGCCCUACUAUAUUUGGUCCACCCUGUACACCGAUGAAAGCCAGACUAUUCUGGGCAGCACAGCACAGCAAAUCCUGCAGGGGAGGGGAGGGGCGUGCCCAUGUCAGAUAGCUUGGAGAGGGACAGGGUAAGGCCAGCAGGGGCAGGGCCAGGGAAUAGCUCCCCAGUCCAAGACCACUGCCUACUUCCUGCAGGCUGCCCCUGUCUCUUCAUAGAUCCCUAGCUCAAGCCCCACAGAUCAAGUGUGCAAGUAUCCAGCCUAGGAAAUCCCACCCUGAAGUCUGUAGGGAGGGCUCAACAUCUUCCCUGGGCUGAAGCACCCCACUUCUCUAAGCACCAUUAGUUGCUCCCUAAGAAUACAACUCCAGAGAAGAUUUGGGAGGUACAGUUCUGCCUAAUACUGCCAUCUGAAUGUGGGUGGCCCAGGGAGUGCCUGCUGCCUCCUAUGAGGCAUGGUGGGGCUGCCCUCCUCACUGACAGUGCCUCUGCUCAGGUGCUGGCUGAGGGACCCCUCAAGCUCUCCCAGCCCAGGAGGAUAGGGUACCACUAGUUUCCUUGUGGUGGAAUUGUCUCUGGCCCUAAACACAGCCCUCUUGUAAGACCCCUGCUGGUUGUUGCACCUGAGAGCUGCUUGGCUCUGUCCCCAGAGUGGGUGCAGGAGAUGGGUCUCCAUCCUGUGUCUCCCUAGCCUUGUCCAGGCUUGGAGCUCUGUUUCUGGGGCUGGGAGCACUUUCCUGCCUCAGUUUUUCCUUUAAAGGACAGGUUUGGGUGUGGACGGUGGAACUGAAGGACCCCCGGGGAGGGUACAGUUCACUUUCCAGAGGAAUCAUGGAUUUCACCCAAGGGCAGGAGGGCUGAAGGGACAAAUACAGAAUGAACAGGGUGGAUGGACAGAUACACACACACACACACACACACACACACACACAUAUACACACACACAGGUGGGGGUCGAGGGCUGAGCCCAGAGAAGAAGAGCCCUGGCCUGCAGUCUCUUUCCCUGAGUACUCCAUCAGCAACCAGCAGCCUUAGCGCCAUGACCAGUGCCGGCCCAGUCCUGCUGGGAGUGGCCAGAUGAGGCCCUGAGUCAGUGGGAGAUCCCUGAGGAACUGUUAUCACCUCGCUUGUGCAAGUCCAUUGCACAAGUGGUGUCCUUAGCCAGAGCUGGGAGGGCCCAAGAUGGGCCUUUCUUUUGUCUCAGCGGAACUCCAGGUCACCUGUGGGCUUGGGCUUUUGGGGGUACCCAUUCAGGUGCCACAGUGACCAUGCCGUCCCCAGCCUGGGAUUCCCAAGGACAUUAUCCUGCUUGGCUGGUCUGUCCUUGGUCCUGUCAGGUGCCCAAUGCAGAAGGUGCUCAAUUAGCAAGAGGUGAUGGCACUGCAGGUUAGGAAAGCUGGGACAGUGGUAUUGGCUGGCUUAUCCUGCUCCUGUCCAGGGUGGGUGACCAACACCCAUCCACUCCCAUUACUCAUGGCUUUAAGUGCUCCAGGGCAGCCUGCAAGUUGGGGACUGCAGUCAUGCUCCUUUGACAGUGGGGAAAUCGAGGCACAGAGAAGUGGAGCCAUUAGUUGCCUCUAGGCCAACUGGCUCCCUGUUCACCCUCACCCCACUUACCAUGCAGGCUUUUUUCCCCACCAGCUGGGGUUCACUGAAGCUCUGCAUCCCUAUCCCAGGGAAGGGGACCAUGGGUUUAUAACCUUCAGAAAAUCUUAACAUGUUAGACUCUUCUAGAACUGGAAAUUUGGGGAGGAAAUCCAAACCAGGGGUUUGAGGAUCCCAGGACUAGAGUCAAGAGUGGGGCAUCCAACCCUGUGUCUGGAUGCAGGGGGAAGAGGCACGGGGUAGAGUGACAGAGGAAAAAGCAAAGGCAUAUCGGGCACCAUGGCGUUGGCCUUUCCAUGGAGGCCCAGGACUUUGGCCGAGCCAAUGGGCAUUUCUACCGUAGGGGCAACAAGAACCCUUCAACAUGAUCGGUCAUCCAGGGCUUCAGCUUGUGGAGAAGCAGCCUGGAGCUCUCAAGAUGGCCUUCCUGAUGUUCUGUGGCACCAUGGAGUGGCACAUAUUUUCCAUGAGAUGUGACAGAGCCAGGAAGAAGAAGCUGGCACUAAGGUGUUGACCUGGAGAUGAAGCCAGUUAUGGAGGUCCUGUCAGAGGUGUCACGUCUGCACUGUGGCAGGUCCUUCUGCUAGGGACACCUGUGGCCAGUUUCCCUGGGCCCCAAGAAGGGAAGGCAGACCAAUGGCUUCUUCACCUCCCUUUACACUCUCUGAUUUGUUGCAGGGAACAUAGGUCUCAUUUACAAACUCGGGAAAAACAGAAAUGAAGCGGCCCUUUUCUUCCCAUCCCAUUCCUUCCUGAGCAUGCUUUGUGAGUCCCACAGCCCUGGGUGCUCUAGGCUCACAGCUCCAGGCCUGGCCAUUUCAUUGACUAAAUAGGAAUGAAAGUGCCCAUCCAGCUGGUCACAGGUGCCAGUGCCCAACUAGGACCUGGAUGCAGGAGGUCCUCUUGUCCUAUCUGACUUUCUGGGGUCCAGGUGUUUCCUUUGCCCAUCUCCUUGCAGAAGCUAAUGCCAACACUAAGCCCCAACCCUCUUCCUGAUCUGGACCUGAAGUUUCACCCUUAGGCCAUAGCCCUUUCCGCUCCUUAAUCCACACUAUAUACCCAGCACCUGAGAGAGCUCCUAACAGCAUUCCUUGUGGAACGGGUGAAUAAACGGACAGAUGCACA